AUGGAUAUUGGAAGUAAUUCUAGUAGUGAUGGAACUGAGAAUCCUACCCUCAAUUCCAACAAUCCCACUCCUAAUUCCAACAAUUCCGCCCCUGCUAGCCAUAAUGACUCCACAUCUGGAACCCCAUCAGUUCGCGAAAAAAAAGAUCCUGCAUGGGCACAUGUUGCUUUAAGAAAAGAGGGCAACAAAAAUGUGUAUACAUGUCUUUAUUGUGCAUUGAGCUAUAAAGGAGGUGGAAUAAAUAGAUUGAAGCAUCAUCUUACUGGUGUAAGUGGAAAUGUAGUUUCCUGCAGCAAAGUUUCUUUUGAUGUUCGUCAUCAGAUGCAAGAAUUAUUAAAAAGUGGGAAAAAAAGAAAGCUUGUUGAUGUACAAGCAGACAUGAAAGAACAUGUGUCUAAUGUUAAUGCACCCAAUGUACCUGCUCCAUCUAAGUCAAUCCCUGAGAGUAGUGCCAGUAAAAAGAAACCUCCUACUAUGCCAGUUGAAAAUUAUUUUACCCCUAAGACAACUCUAGGUUCCCAACCAGAUUGCCCAUUCUUUCAGAAAGCUGUGGAUGCUAUUGCUUCAAUUGGGCUGGGGUUUAAGGGUCUUACUACUUAUGAAUUUAGAGUUAACUUGUUGAAUGAUUGGAAAAAAGAAUUAUUUAUGAAAUUUGUUGAUGCUUCUGAUUUAGUGAAAGAUGCCAAGACUUCAUUCUCAUUAUUUUCUGAAGUGAUUGAGUGGGUUGGUCCCAAAAAUGUUGUGCAUGUGGUGAUUGAUAAUGCUGCUAAUUAUAUAGCAUGUGGUAAGUUGAUUAAAGAGAAAUAUAAAAGUAUUUAUUGGUCACCUUGUGCUGCUCAUUGCUUGAAUCUUACUUUGAAAGACAUUGCAAGUAUGUCUCAUGUGUCACAACUUACAACAAAGGCAUCAAAGAUCACUGUGUUUGUUUAUAAUCAUAUGGUCUUCCUGUCAUGGCUUAGGAAAAGAAAGGGUUGGAAAGAAAUUAUGCAUCCUGGUGCGACAAGGUUUGCUACAACAUUUAUCAUAUUGCAUAGCAUAUAUAUGCAAAAGCAUGACUUGCAAGCUUUAAUAACUGAUAAGCAUUUUAUGGAUCAUAAAUUAUCAAGGACCGAAGCCGGAAUAAUUGUUAGUGCCAUCAUAUUAGAUAAUCGAUUUUGGAAUGAAUGUCUUGAAGUUGUGAAGAUUGUGUCUCCUCUUAUAAAGUUGUUGAGAAUUGUUGAUUCAGAUGAGAAGCCCUCUUUGCCUUAUGUUUAUGAAGGCAUGCAAAGGGCAAAAAAAGAAAUUAAGGUAGUCUUCAACAAUAAGAAAGAUCAAUACAAGCCUUACACAGAUAUUAUCCAAGCCCGAUGGGAUAAGCACUUGAAGACCAAUCUUCAUGCAGCAGCAUAUUUGUUGAACCCUGCCUUCUUAUAUGAUGAUGACUCCGUUCACAAAAGAAGGUUAAUGGAUGCUAUGCUUUCAAUAUUUGAAUCAACUGAAAAUGAAGAUGUUGAUUAUAUUGUGAUGAUGAAGCAGUUGAGCUUGUAUUGUGACCGUAAAGAAUCUUUUGAUAAAGCUUCAUGUCAUAUAAUUGCUGAAGAGGAACAAGAGCCAGCUCUAGAGUUUGAUGCUGAUGAUGUCACUAAUUUGGAAAGUGCUAUACAUAAUGAGAAUCUUGUAGCUUCAUCAAUUUCUGUGAGAAAUAAUGAAGGUGAAGAAGAUAUGAAUAUUUCAGAGCAUUCACAUUUGAAUGAUGAUGUUGGAAGUGGUUCUGGUUUCUCUUAA